CUAGUCCUUAUCGCUCCAGUAUUAUAACACAUCAGCAUUACGCGGCGCUGAGUCAUCUCUCUCUCUUCCCCCCUUGCCUCUCUCUCUCUCUCCGUCUGCAGUCGUGUGCAGAAGAAGCCCACUCGGAAGUUGUUGAAUGGCAGAUCUUUUCCAGUAGUUCACAAUGAAGGCCAGCGUUUUCCUGCUCCUGCUCGCGGCUCUCACCUGUGGGCUCGCGCGGGCAGAAGAAAAUACAGCUGAAGAGCUGCAGGUUGAGACUCUGGUGAGACCCGAAACUUGCUCUGUACUUUCCGGAAUGGGAGACACGCUGAAGAUCCACUACACGGGAAAACUUAUGGAUGGAAAGGUGAUCGAUUCAUCGCUCUCCAUGGACCCUCUUGUUGUCGAGCUUGGAAAAAGAACAGUCAUUGCAGGUCUAGAACAAAGCUUGGUCGGCGUGUGUGAAGGGCAAAAAAUCAAAGCCACUAUUCCAUCUCACCUUGCGUAUGGGAAAAAAGGUUACCCUCCUACGAUUCCAGGUGAUGCUGUUCUUGAGUUCGAGGUGGAGGUGGUUUCUGUGAUGCAGCAGACGCCGUGGCAGAAAAUGGUCAACGAUGUGUUCCCCCUCGUGUGUUUAGCCUUGGUGCCCACUCUGCUCGGACUGGUGGGAAUUUACCUGUACAAAAAGGCCAAUGCAGAGAAGCCAAGCAAAAAGAAGGCAAAGGAUAAGAAGAUCAAGAAAAAAUAAGGACAAAUGACAGAACUAUUUAAAUAAAUUUUUUAAUUGUAUUGUGUACUCCAUGUUUAUUUAAUAUUAUUCCAUAACUGUAAUAUGUGUUUAAACACCUGGAUACCUGGAGGAUAUUUUAUAUCUAAUUAUCUGCAUUCGAAAACAACUGUCCCAACUUCAAGGGGAUUCAACUAAAUAAAAUAUGUCUCCCUCUUUAAGAGAGGAAUAGCAAGAGAUAGUCAGAAUGUGAGUGCAUAAAGGAGCUUUAAAGCUCUCUUCUUAUUGAUUUUUCUUUAAUAUAGCAUAUGUAUUUGCAUCUCCAUGCUGUGUUUAUCCAUCUGUAUAUCAAUCUUCAGAGCCCUUAACUGCACUGAAGCAAGACAACACAAAGGCAAUCAGAUGAUCUCCUUAAUUGCACUCAACAGAGUAUUUUGAAGCUGAUGCCACUAGUGCUGAAUCUGGACCUACCAGGGAUCCACAGUGCAUGUCUUUAAGGCUCCAGAGCCUAAGUUAAGAGUAAGAUAUCAUAGAUGUAUUUUAUAAACAAAAAAUCGUGGAAUAAACUUGUCCUGUUUUCAAAAGUCU